CCACAUCCAUAGAAAGAGCCAAAUAUGAGAGUAAAAGAUCACCCAACACCAACGCCCAUGAAGUGCCAGUAGGAAAAGAGUGGUGUAGACACAGGAGCUGCAGCUGAGAGAGAGAGAGUCUAUCUACAACCACACAGCAAAGCAUCGCCUGUCUGCUUGUGUCGCAGCGCUUUUUUCAGUGGAUUUUAACCACUUACUAACGCUGCUGUAAAUCUACACUUCUUGUUUUGGGCUGUUUAUAUCUCCUUUUCAUCCGAAAUGGCAACAAAGAUCGACAAAGAAGGUUGCAGAGAAGCGUACAAUCAAGUCCGGGAUGAUAACACAGAUAUAAGCUGGGCAUCUUUUAAGUAUGAUGGCUCCACCAUUGUGCCAGCAGGAAGUGGAACAGAUUAUGCAGAAUUUAAAAGCCAAUGUACAGAUGAUUCUCGUCUGUUUGGUUUUGUGAGAAUCCAGACGGGUGAUGCCAUGAGCAAAAGAGCCAAGUUCACCCUUAUCACCUGGAUCGGAGAGAACAUUAGCGGCCUGCAGAGAGCCAAAAUCAGCACAGACAAAACACUGGUGAAGGAUGUAUGUCAGAACUUUGCUAAAGAAUUCAUGGUGAGUGAUAUUCGGGAGCUGGAGGAAGACUACAUCCGAAAUGAGCUGAAGAAGGCUGGUGGCGCCAACUACGAUGCACAGGCAGAAUAGAACGUACCAGGGAAUUUACAGAGGAAUGGGAUGGGGUAGAAAGGAAUGGGAAAUUUUCAUCUUACACUCCACAUACACUUAAACACACACACACACACACACACAUGCACGCACACAAGCACACAAACAUGUGCACACGUUGAUCUGCUGUACUGUACAUCAUCUCACUCUCAUCCUGAGUGCAGAAUGUUUUGUGUGUUUAGAAUAACAAAUGUAACUGGAAUUUGAGCGAAAGAGGCUCCUUUGGUUCUUAAUUAAUAAGCAGUUUGUUUGUUUUUUUCUAUUUUUGUUCUUUGUAUUUCUGGCUUUUUCUGUAAUACAAGUCACUGUGGUUUAUGGCCUCGGUCUCCUGUGGAGAGAGGGGUGUCACUGGAUGUUUGGGUGUGUGUGUGUGUAUGUGUAUGAGUGUAUAAGUGUAUGACUGCAGACACUGCACUGUGACUCAUUGGCUCCACACAGGGAUUUUAAACACCUUACGUAGCCCUGGAUGCAGUUUGAUGAGCUGUGUUGUUACUCAGCCCAAGUGUGGAGCAGCCAUUUUUUUCUGGUGUAGCUUUUUCUUUUGGUCAUUGAGUUUUGUGAAAAAAAAAAGUUUUCAUUUUCAAAAUUAUGCAGUGAUCUAACUUUUCCAAACUAAUUUCAUCAAGGAACCGAGAAAUGAAAGAAAACAUUGUGUAAGCACAAACACAACAAAUCAUUUAAAAAUAAAAGCUUUUUUCAAGAGG